AUGCCCAAGGGUUUCGACAUUGACUUCAAGAGUAAUUUGAAUGGAGCGAUCCCGGGGUAUGCGGAACAGGUGCUUGUUUGUACGGGGCGGGACGACUGGCCGUCGAGGAUAGAGGACGAGUUUGACGGCGAUAAUUUGGCGGCAGAUUUGAAAGAGUUGUUCGGUAGGGGAGGGAGGUAUAGUGACCCCUUCCACCACAUAUCCGUCGUCAACUCGUCGUUCCCGUCAUCCGUACCUCCUCGCCCCGAACUCCAUUGCACGUCAGCCUACCUCCUCCCCUCGUUCAAGUACAUCCCCUUCCUGCCCCGAAUCUCCUUCGACAGCGUCGAGGCCCUCGCUAAAGGAUUCCUGCUUCCUGAGAAGCUGCACUCUGCUCACGAUGGCCUGUCGCCCAUUCACCGGGACAGGCUGACGCGCAAAGCGGCGUAUCAAGGCCUGUUGCCUGGCGUCCGAGACGUCGGCGACGUUUUGGUCCUGAUUUGCGGUCACGGAGGGCGGGACGCCAGAUGCGGCAUCAUGGGGCCGGUCCUGAGGGACGAGUUCGAGGAGAAACUUGCGCGAGAAGACUUCAACGUCCUCACUUCCCCCGUGGAGGUGGAUCUCACGAUUGGGGACGCGGCAGGGAUGGAGGGCGCGGUUCCAAGGAAGAACGUUGCUAGGGUGGGACUGAUAAGUCACAUUGGAGGACACAAAUUCGCUGGAAAUGUGAUUGUGUAUAUUCCCCCCGGUCACGAGGUGCGAGGAGGCGGACCGCAUCCGCUCGCGGGCUGUGGCAUUUGUCAAUCGUACGCCUCAGUACCGGCAAGGUCCAAACGCUGUCAUCACACCACUCACGCCCACAGAGAAGCUCGUGUUUUGGCUUCCACUCUCAUCGGUAUCGGCCUCAUCGGCACAGCGUCAUAUUACGUCCUCGCGCCGACAAGCCACAAAAGCCUCAACCGCGAUACAUUCAUUCCUUAUACCAUCACAUCCCGCCAACCCAUCUCUCCUACCUCUGUCGUCUUCACCGUCUCCCCGCACGGAUCUGAUCCUUCACUACCAUACUUGCUCCCCAAUUCAAAGACGUCAAAGUAUCCUCUUUGGUCAGUCGAGUUCAAACAGCCAGAGGUCCAAAUCGCCAGGCACUACACUCCUCUCCCGCCAACAGAUGGGGAAAACACCGAGGACGGCUCCCUUAGUUUCUACCUUCGUGCUGUAGGGGGUGGAGAAAUGUCAAACUACUUGAAUAAGCUCAGCGUCGGACAGGAUGUCUACCUCCGAGGACCUCAUGCGGGGUUCGACGUCUUGCAAAGGCUAGGAGAGCAGAAGAAUGUGGUGUUCCUGGCCGGGGGCACCGGAGUGGUUCCCGGCAUGCAGGUUGCCACGGCUGUUCUGGAGAGGGGCACUGCGUCGAGUGUGAAGUUGCUAUGGGCUGUGAGGAGGAGGGAAGAGCUGCAACGAUGUUGUGGACAAAGCUCUGCGACGCCUUGGUGGAAAUUUUUCAGCGCUGCUGCGCCGAUCGAGUUGAGUGCCGAGGUGGAACAACCAAGUGCAAUGGGCAAGCGGCUCGCGCAGAUGAAGGCCAAGUACGGGGAGCGACUUAGCAUCCGCGUGGCAGUAGAUGAGGAACGUGUCAAGUUCACGGAGAAAGACAUGGAAGACGCACUGGCUGCUGGUGGUCCUACUCUGUCAAGUCCAGGCUGCCAGCUUCAUGAUCAACGUCUUCAUGUACAAGCGUCCGAGUUUGAAGAACUCAGUGCGGAGUGUCACUGUGCGGCCGGUAACGAUUCCGGGAAGAAUCUGCUCAUGGUUUCGGGCCCAGCUGGAUUCGUCGCACAUUACGCUGGAGAUAAGGCAUGGCUCGGGGGAGUGCUGACGCAGGGAGCGGUAGGUGGUGUUGCUGGCAUGUUGCAACGGAGGAAUCCUACUUUAGCCAACGAUUGGCUUGUGUUGAAGCUAUAA